UUCAAAGGAUAUAUCACCUAUCACUGGCCAUGUCGUUCAUUCACUAAAAUCAAAUUUAGAUAAUCAUUUAAUGAAAACUGUAUCGUUAGAUGAAGAUUCGGAUGUUCACUUACAUUCAGGUGUUUUAUCUCAUUCAUCUGCAGAUUGUACAACGGCACCAACAUCAUCUACUGUUUCGAUUAAUCCGUCUAAAACCAACACUGUGUCGUUAAAUACAUCCAUUAAACCAGUCAACUUGGUCAUGGGUAAUCAACAUGAUACUCAUGUUGCUGUUUCUACUAAUUCAAUUAAACCACCAGUGAAUUUUGCUAUUGAUAAAACGAGAAAUGUUUCCGAUCCUACACCACCAUGGUCAUCGUCAUCAUCAAAAAUGAAAAUUAAUUUACCAUCACCAAUAUCUACACUUACAACUGAUAACAAAUAUCAAAUCCCUAACAAAGUUGCUGAACCAGUUUGUAUACCUAUUUCUGUGCCAAAUACUAAAAAUCCCACAACCAUUUCUCCUCCUCCUCCUCCUCCUCAUCCGGUAACGCCACCUGCUGUAUUAGAUAAUCCCCAAAUUAGACAACGUCAUGUUACUACUACUCCUAAUAAUAUUACUACUAACAUCAUACCAGAUACUAGUGGUUCAAAGGUGUUCAGAUCAAAAUCACAUCGUUUAUCAGUGAUUAAAAAAUCUCAUCCAUGGAUGUGUUACACAUUUUGUUCACUGACAGUGCUUUUGAUUUAUUGGCUUUUUACUGGUUUUCUAUGGGGUUUAACUGUUGGUUGUAUAUUAACAUAUACAUUUAUCACAGUGUAUAAUUAUUUACAUAGUCGAACAACAUAUCCUAAUCAAAUUCUCUGUCCAAUAUCAGGAUUGCCAUUAGAUCACUUAUGCUGUUCUGUGCAUUAUCGACAAGAACAAGAAGGAUGCUAUCAAGCUGCACAAUGGUGGCCUAUCUAUUCACCAGCUAUGCCAACUUUACCUUUAAUUAAUAACACAAACAAUACUAAUAAAUGUGUGCAGUUAAGAAAUUUGCCAAAUUUUACUGUACCAAAUAUGAUUGAAGAGGAUGUUAACAAAUCAACUAUCUCAGGUCCAUUGGGAAAUAGUUUAGGUUUUAAAUAUGACAAUAAUGGACGACCUGUGUACAAAGGGUGGUUAAACGAGAUUCUUCAUUAUGAUCCUGAAACUCAUCAUAUUGGCAAAACAUUUUCCGUCUUCCUCACGCUUGAUGGUACUCAAUUACGCCUACAACGCCCAGAACAUAAUAUUACUCGUCGGUCUUUAUGGAAUGAUGAAAUUUUAUCAACUACAACUAUACGAUUCAAACAACAGCAUAUUUAUGACUUAUCUAAUGCAACUGUUACACUUCUUCCAAAUGGGUUAGUCGGUAAACGUUUAUGGAGUAGAAAAUAUCCUAUUUGUAUCACUGUUCACACCGAAGGUAGAUUUAAGCGCAAAAUUGAAAGACUUGAUUCACUACCAUUAUCAACAAGUUUUCCAAACAUCGUAUUAUCUACCAGCUCCAAUCCAGUAGUGAAUGAAACCUGUGAUCUGCCAGUGGAUGUGCCUAAUCCAUCAGCUGGGGUUAUGGAGUUUCCUGAUGAUACUAGUACCGGUGUAUUGCAAACAUCAGGCAAAUCAAAUGUGAAAAAUCUUUAUUUAUUCGGAAGAACAUGUCGUGAAAAAGAAACAUGGUAUCGUAGAUUGAAAGCUGCCUCGUUGGGCACACCUCUUAUAUGGACACCUCAAUUGGCAGUACAACAUUAUCUCUUGGCUUUGGAUGCCAAUAAUAACAGUAAUAGUUGUAAUAAUAAUAAUAAUAUUCAUAACAUUGGCGUGGCGGAUUAUUUAAGCGGUACUUCCACAACUGCUAGUAAUAACGUUAAUCAUAAUGACACCACGUUAAGUGACGAUGAUAGUCAACCCGAUGGAAAUACAUCAUCGAAUCCGGUAACAUGCCCUGAUUCAACUGCCACUGUUUCUAACAUUGAUGUUGCUGUAACUACAAUUAGUAGUGGUAAUGUUAGUAAUGUUCCUCCCACUGGCUUAAGCAGUAACACCAAUACUAGUAGUAACUAUAUGUCGAGUGCAAAUCUUUCAAAUUAUGGAGCCUCAAUGUCAGGGAAUCGUGAACCAGUCUAUGUCUCUUAUGUUCGGUAUAUGGCUAAAUUUAUGCCAGCCAAUUGGCUUGUACGAAGUGCACAAGCUUUGAAAUUGAAUGUUAAUCAAAUUAAUUGUGACACAAAUAUGAUAUGGCUUAAUGCCCUGAUUGGUCGUUUACUAUGGGAUUUUCUUCGUGAACCUUAUUGGUUAGAAAAGAUAAAAAAUAAAAUUCAAGCGAAGUUGAAAAAAAUACAUCUUCCGAAUUUCAUCAAUGAACUCACUGUCGUUGAUAUUGACUUGGGCUCAGAAAUACCUGUACUUAGACGUGUCGGAUGUCCUUACCUCGAUGCAAAUGGUCUGUGGAUUGAAGUAGAUGUCGGUUAUGCUGGCGGAUUCUCAUUUGCUUUGGAAACAAGUGUUAAUUUAAUGCGAUGGAAUCAGAAACUGCGGGAAGAAAAAGAUGCUAAUUAUCCGUCAGAUAAUUAUACUCAAACUUCACUGUCGAACGAAUCUAUGCCGAAAGUUAAUUCUCGUUCGAUAACAAAGAUGGCUGCUUACAUGUCUGAUGAAGAAGACAGUGCUGAUUCAACAACUGACUCGGAAUUAGAUGAAACAAGCAACGUUAGCCAAAAUUCCAGUCCGAUAAAUAGUUUACGACUUGGACGUAAUUUAUCAUCUACUGGAUUAAUCGUGGGUGGAGUGAAAUCUGGUGAUAGUGAACGUUGUAACCCUGAAGAUAACAGGUCAUUUAAUCGUCUUUCUUCAGUUUCAUCAAACCGUUCAGUAAAUCUACAGCCUGCUUUACCAUCUCGUCGAAGGAUUAUACGCAUUGUUGAUCGUAUCACCAAAUCGUCAUACUUUCAAAGAGCUGUUGAUACAAAACUAGUUCAACGUGGUAUGGAACGUUUGUCAAACACACCGAUUGUAUUACAAGUUGAGAUACAAAUGCUAAGUGGUACGCUUUUAGUCAAUAUUCCUCCACCGCCAAGUGAUCGUCUAUGGUAUGGUUUUCGUCCUGUGCCUAAUCUUCGACUUAAAGCACGUCCUCGAGUUGGAGAAAAAGUUGUUACGAUGUCACGUAUAUUGGAAUGGAUCGAAAAAAAAAUGAUUCUUGAAUUCCAGCAUUUAGUUGUUUUACCGAAUAUGGAUGAUUUGAAAAUCGGGUUACUUUUAUCUGAUGCUACAUCAGCAACAUAAAUGAUCCGAUGCUACCAUACUCAAUGAUAUAAAGUAGCCGAAGGAUAAGCUUCUAAUGAUUCCUAAUCAUUAUUACAGUCUUGGCGAAAAUUGAUGUGAUCUUUGUGUUUCUCCUAUUAUUGUUAUCCUCUCUCUUUGUUGCAUAAAUUGUCAAUACAUUAUAUUUUAUACAAUUCAGCACGUUAUCCCGUAUUUUGACUAUUCAAUUUAAAUAAGGCUCAAAAUUAUAGCUUCUUUUUAUCAAAUUAUCUAUCCAUUCCUUUUUUUCAUAAAAGUUCACAUUUAUCUAAUAAAACUGAAAUGAAGGAUAUAUAAUCAGUCAUUCCUGUUGGGACAAUCUAAUGUACCCACCUACAUAUUUCCUACGCUUGACAAUGUGUUGCGCUACCUUUACUGUACUCAGCAGUUUAUUUCCGUUUUAUGCAGGUUCUGUGUUGUAUCCUAAAUUUUGUGCAAGUAAGGGCUUGGUAUAAUCGAUACAUAUAUCCCGAUUUUUAUAUAUUUACUCUACAUAGACAGUUUUGUCGAAUUCCUUAACUAAAAUGUAUUGAAACUUGAGACGAUCUUUCUCUCAUUUCAUCUGUGAUUAGCAAUUUCAUUACUAUUCUUUUGCUUUUAUUUACUCAACUUUGUUCUUCUUUUGAACGGUUUGAGGAAAUAUGCCUGUUAAUUUUUCUCAACAUGUCGUAUUGCUGUUGUUCUAGGCACUAGUACUACAAUCAAUCCGUAUGCACGUGUACAAAUUAAAAACAUCAAGAAAAUGAACAAAAAUUGUAGUGAUUAUUGCGAGGGUUUGAUUUGUUAACGUAGUACCAACAAAGGGUAUGUCUCGAUA